GACGAGUUAGCAUGCAUGUACGGCGGGCAGCAAGACGAGCACGCCGGGAUGCAGCAGCAUUUCGCCGAGCGGCUCCCCGAGCAGCAGCAGUACUACACACCGCCGACACCAAUGGCGCCGCCCAGCAGGCCCAAUCCGAUCUGUCCUUCUCAACCGCACCAGGGCUCCAGUUUCCCAGGCAUCGGAGUCCCAGCAUUGCCGCCGCCCAUCCUGCCGUUCCGAGCGUUGGCGGUCAAUAGUGAUCCAGGGCAGCCGUCGUCGUCAAGCAUCCUCUCCUUCGGCGGGCAGCCUCCUAGCACGCUCAACUUCUCCGGAGGAGACUGGCCGGACGGCAUCGAAGCGGUGCAGGUGCCGGAGAGGCGGAGCCGGGCGCACUGGAACACGCAGGAGCACGUCAUCGCCGAGCGCAAGCGGCGCGAGAAGCUGCAGCAGCAGUUCGUGGCGCUGGCCACCAUCGUCCCGGACCUCACCAAGACAGACAAGAUAUCUCUUCUAGGAAGCACCAUCGAGUAUGUGAAACAACUCGAGGAGAAGGUGAAGACAUUAAAGGGACAAAGCGCGAGGAGGACGUCCGAGCCCACCGUCUUCGAGAGCAAGUGUCACAUAUCAAGUGAGGACAGUAGUGACGCCUCAGGCUCCAGCGGGAGCGCCUUCGGUGCCGUUGGGUUUAGCCCAACCGUUGAGGCGAACAUCCAUGGCGACACCGUCUUGCUGAAAAUAUGGUGCGAGGGAAGAGGAGUGCUGGUCAUGAUCAUCUCCGAGCUUGAGAACCAGGGCCUCUCUAUCAUAAACACCAGCGUUCUACCGUUCACAGACUCGUGCCUCAACAUCACCAUCACGGCAAAGCUUGGAGAAGGGUUUUCUACCACAGUUGAGCUCGUAAGGAACCUGACCACGGCUCUCAGAGGUUUCUGAGACGGGAAAGAAAAUUGAGUAGAGCAAGACAAAU